CGCCUCUCUGAUUGUUCACGACUCAACCUGCAGCACGGGCACUCUCCAAUGUCGAUGACCAAGGAAUAAUGUCCGUGGUGAUUAGCUUCUGACUGGAAACGCGGAACGUCACAAAGCUUCCCGGUUUGAAACCGUUGAUCGAUACUCCAUCCAGGGCUUUUAUUUAUUAUCGUCAUACUAGUUAACUUAGCCGGUGAGGUUACUAAUCUACCAUUUUCAUCCCUGAGUGGACAGGUCAUGGACGUUGGUUACUGGUCUCCAUCAGUUCUGUCUGUCGAUCAAGUGUCCAUCCUGUCAGGGUCUGGUCUCCGUUUAACGUCUGAACUGCCUAGCGCUCGCCAUGGCUCAAAACGAGCUGCCUGUUGACAUUCCCUCCUUCGCGAAACCCCUCGCCCCCUACAUCAAAAGCCGCCAAGAAGCUCUUAGGAUCCGACAGGCACUUACCCUCUACCUCCAAUCGCACAUUGACUUAGCCGACGAUGACCCCGCGAACCAGAACCGCCAUGCCCGGUCACACCUGGCUCUCUGUGUGCCGCACGAUGCCGUCGUAGACGUGAAGCGCAUCCCGCCCGAAUUGACCGGUCUGAGGAAGGAAUACCUGAAAGCGCUCCAGGCAAAUGUGGCUACAAGGAAGAAAUACGAUUCUCUCAAGGAGAAGGUGGCGACAGCGAAGCUUCAGAGGGAGACGUCCUUACCGUCUUCUACUCCGUCUGUCGGCGAUGCGGAUUCCGAAUUGGAGACGUAUAUUUCGCUGCUUCGCGAGCGCCGCCGACAUGCAAAGCUUCAGGUUUUCUGGCAUUAUCUUCAGCAACUGAGGACGCGGGGCGUGGAAAGAUCAGAGUAUUUUGAGUCCCCAGCGCAUCGGAGACAGCCGGUUCCAUCUCCCGAAGAGUUUGAAGCUGAGGUACAUAGCACCCACGGGGCAGAGGGCGGUGUUGAAGGACUUGUCUAUAAACUUGAGAAAGCUGUAAUACGUGCAAAAGCCCAACUGGACAGGGAAAAGGCGUUGCUUGAGGAGCUGAAAAGAAAGCAUGGAUCAAAGCAAUGUCCGGAGGUCUCCCCUGCAAUAAAAGUCAGGGCAUUACAACGCACGCGUGAUGAACUGGUGCAAUGGGUAGAAGAGAAGCUGGUGGCCGUCAGCGGGAGCGAAGACACUCCUUCACGAGAAAUCCCUCCAGAAGAGAUCGAACAGUCUACACAGUUGCUCGAAGAGCGUAAGGAACAAAUCAGGCAGCAAUAUGCGGCCUAUGUGAGAGCUCGCAAAGAUCUCUUGGAUGCGAUCUCCGAGGCAUGCCAGCCUGUUGCUGCUUCAUCUAGUAAGCCACAACGACGGAUUGCGCGCAACGAUAAGAUCACCGCAGAACCGCCAGCCCCCUCGUUUGACUUCCUGAACGUUCUAUCAUUUGCCAGCGAGUCCCUCCUUCCAUUGUCCAAAAGCCAAAAGGCACUGGCUCUCCAGAAGUCAUACUUGGCGGGGUUACUUGCCAAAGAGAAAUACACAACGCUUCGCACUCUCAAUCGGUUGUCCGAUGAAAGCCAUCUGCUACCUGAAUAUCCUAUUCUGGCCCGCCAACCACGCUUCAAGCAUGCUGUCGCUGCAAUAGAUUCAAGGUCUUCCAUCGACUCCACACAACAGGAGAAAACGGACGAAGUCGUUUCCUUGGCAGAAGCAUGGGCGUUUGCGUCCAAGGCAGCCCGCGAAAAUGAAAGAGAGUUUGUGCAACAGAAAGCAGAAUUGGGCACCGAGAUUGUACAAAACGACCAACAGACGUUACGGGAGGUGUACAGUAUGCUGAAUCAAGACCUCGACGAGGUUCUCCAGGACGAAAAGACUAGAGGGGACAACGACGCGGAUAUCUGGACCUCCGAGGCUCGCUCUACCGGAACGCGCAGAAGGGCGACGCGGACAGAGAAGCGAUCCAAAGGUCCAUGGUCGCAUCUCGAUGGGAGGAUUGGUCUUACUGGAGAUACAUGAGACGAGUAUCAAGGAGUUCUAAUGAUCAUUCUAUGCAUUAAAUGUACGAAUUCUAACUUAGCUAGUUAACCUAGUCCCUUGGAGUACCUCAUGAUGCAGGCUCUCUAUAGUAUUAUAUAUUACUGAGAAGACGAAAGUAUUCCGCUGUAUAAAUGUCGCAGGAUAUAACGAAUCGAUCUUCAAAGAACCAGUUCUUUUGUCCUUGUUUGUCGGCUUCUUUUUAAUCGACAUCCUGCUUCAUAGCCCCAUUCCACAUUGUGCUGCUUCAGUUCCUC